GCCGGGGUCGUCACGACACGAACCUGCCAUAUGGAUGUCUUCGGGCCCCUGGGGGCUAAGACAUAUCCAGCGAGGGGGGAGAACACACACACAGACACAGUUCAUCGUCGAUUCCCCCGCAAGCAUGGGAAAAUAUGGGAAGGGGGGGGGGAGACGAAAGACCCUGCAGAUCUGGGAAAAUAUGCGGGGAAUCCUGUCAGUUGUGUCCAGUUCUGUCCACAUCCGCCGCCCGUGGAGGGCGCCAGGACGUCGGUCCCCAGGCGGUGCACCCGGCUUUGAGGCCCCCGCCCCGCAGGAGGCGUGCCCUGGCCGCGCGCAGGAGGACUGCCACAGGGCGGAUGCGGCGAUGGGGGGACCGGCGGCGUCCUUCGGCUGCGCGCCGCCUGCGCGCGACGGCACCUUCGGCGAGGAGUGGGCGGCGCCCGAUGGCCGCGCCCUGUGCGGCGUCGCUCCGCGCCCGACCACAGUGAUGAUGCGCAACGUGCCGAACGGCUACACAAGAGAUGGGCUUAUCGCCCUGAUCGAGGGCCAGGGGUUCUCGGGCAAGUUCGAUUUCGUCUAUCUUCCGUUGGAUUUCAAGUCGAUGCUGAACAUGGGUUACGCGUUUGUGAACUUGAUCAACCCCGAAGAGGCGACCCGCUUCGUGGAGUUAUUCACUGGCUUCUGCCAGUGGCUUCAUUCACAAUCGCAGAAGAUUUGUUCUGUGUCCUGGGCCGAGACGCAAGGAUUGCCCGCAAAUGUUGAGAACUUGCGGAGGAAUCUCUUCAUGCGGAACCUACUAACGGAGGAAUGCAAGCCUGUAAUCUUUUGCAAUGGGCGGAGGGUUCCCUUCCCUCGGUCGUACAAGAAAUUGCGGUAUCUUGCGUUGGCCUUGAGAGGUCAUUAGCGAGACGCGUGGUGCAACCUUUUCCGCAUGCCGCAAUCCUCGCCUCCGCCAUCCUCGACUCUCCGCCUCGACCCUCCGAUGUGCUGCCGGCAUGGUGAGACCUUCGUGGGGUACGCUUGGCCAUCAGGCGCGUUCACAUCCGAUUUCAUUUCGCGAGCCAGAUUGGUUGUGAUCAUCCUUUGAAGGCGCCGGGCGGGCAACCUCACAUCCCAUUUUUUUGCCAGCCAGCAUGGUUGUGAUCAUCCUUGAAAGGCACUGGGUGGUUAACUGUGCUCCGUCAGCUCUGAAGUUGGCGCAUCCAUUGCCUGGUCCGUUGGCACAGGCUUCCAGCCCCGCCCUCAGCCCAGAGAUGCCAUCGGUCGGCGCAGGCUGAUGGUUCCAGAUACCAGGCUGGCACAGGCUCAAAUGGUCAAGUUUCAAUUCCUGCAGGGUUGGAGUGAUCAUCGGCCCUGGUAUCUCUGGUGCGAACUAGGCUGAAUCUGGCAGGUUUCCAGUUUCAACAUCUGGGCUGGGGUUGAAUUCGGCUCAUUCUAGGAAAUGGCUCCGUAAUCUUGCGGAGUCGAUCCUGACAGUAUUUCAAGCGCCCCUUUCGGUCGUCGCAGGCUUCUGGUUCCGAGGCCCGCCAACGGCCCAACGUUCUCCGAUGCGGCCCCAGAUGAGGGACCGGGUCGGAUGAAAGGUGGGGAUCCUCCUC